GUCUUCGUCUGCAACAAAAAUUGACAAAUGAAGUGCAAAUGAAGAAAUAAUUCGUAAAACUAUAUUACGGGCUGUAAAUAGCUAUGAAUUGUAGAUUUAGAAUGUUCUAUUUUAAAUAUUAAAGUAUUAGUUAGUGUAAUUGGUUUUAGUAAGAAGUGUAUAUUGUGAAAGGACAUAUAAACUCUCCAUCGAAAUGGACGUCGUCGGCAGUGAAAUUGGCCAAAAGAUGCGGUCUGCCAUCAAGGCAAAACUAACUGAACUGGGCUGUUAUGUUGAUGACGAGCUCCCAGACUACGUCAUGGUCAUGGUGGCCAACAAGCGCACCCGCGCUCAGAUGGAGGACGAUCUUCAGUUGUUCCUCGGAGACAACACUGAGUUGUUUGUCAACUGGCUGCAUCAGGUGCUCAAGAAGUUACAGGAGGUUACCGUUACAGCGCCGAUAAAAGUAGCAGAAUCUGAAAAGAGCAAAGACAGUUCAACAAAAGAAAAGAAAUCUAAAGAUAAAAAAGACAAGGAUAAAUCUAAAAAAUCCGAGAGCUCUAAAAAGUCCAAAAAGAAGGACAAAGAAAAACUACACAAGAAAAAAGAUAAAGAAUCCAAAAAAGCUCAUAAGAGUAAGAAAAAGAGUAAAAAGCAUGAAAUGAUCAGGCCUAACAUACCACCUCUACUCAUGAACAUGGAAAAGGAAUCUGAGCCAUCUAUUACUGAUGUAUUUGCUGGUCAGAUUUUGAAGAACCAUGGUAUUACUUUAGAAACACCUAAAAUAGAUACAAAAGUGGAUGAAAAACCUGCAUUACCGGAAUUAAAGAGGCCAAUUUUGCCUAUUAUAGACCCAGCUACAAUAAAUUCACAGCCGGAGCCUUCACAAUCUAGUAUGGAAAGUAUUACAACAAUCAGUGACCAUGAUGUUGAGGAGGUACCUACAGCACCUACCGUACCAGCACCAAGGGAUGAACAGAUUAAGGAGAUGAAUGAGAUUGAAGCGAAAAUUCAGGGGUUGAAACAGAAGUUAGCCGAGCAGUUAGAUUCUAUGUCGGAUGAUGAGGAUUUUCUGACUAUAAGGACUGAAGCUGAGGAGUUGAUGAAUGAUUUUGCUGAAGAUGUGUAUCAGGAAAUAUCGGCAGCAGCGCCGCGCGCUCCCGCGACUCCUCCCCUCUCCCUCGCGUCUCCCCCUCGCUCCCGCUCCCCCUCCCCCUUCCCCCCUAAGCCUCCCUCGCCGGAAGCGCUCCCGCAGAUCGAGCUGCAGUUGCCCAAAAGGCCCGUCAGGGAGAGGCUAGGGGCCAGAGAGGACAAACUUGAUAAAGCUGAAAGUCCAGAAAGAUUCACGCCCGAAAGAGAGCCGGAAACCAAGAGAGCGCGAAGUCGCUUAGAUGAACCGCCGGAAAAGCAGCGCAAGAUAGAUGAUGAUGAUGAUGAUCUUGAAACUAGUUCUAAAAGGAUUUCGUCUAAAGUGGCAGUAUUGGAGCGCACGCCGCGAGUCUGCGCAAGCGUGGUGCGAGUGCGUCCGCGGCCGCGCGUGGCUGCGCCCAGCAACAGCUUACUGCUGCGAGCGGUGGCCGACGCGCACAAGAGCCUGCUCAAUAUACCACCAAAAAUGGAAACUGAGCCAGCGAAAGUGAAGCGAGCCCUCGUGAAGCCAAUGCGGCGGUGUGUCGAUGCACAGAAGAUAGUCAUACAAGUGCAAGCUGAUUCACAUACAGAAACAACUGAAAAGGCGGACAGUGAGAAACAGAGAUCGCCCUCAGAGAAAGAGGAAUUCUCGCCCGCUCUGUUCACCAAGAAGAUCGUCAACACAGAUUACGUGCCGCCGCGAACUAAGGAUCCAAGGACGUCCAGUGUGCGCGACGAUACUCUAGUCAUAGAAACACUAAAUAUCCACAACCCAACAGUAGACAAACAAAAAGACACACAAUUUAUUGUUACCAUGGACGGAUAUGAUCCUAACGUGUUCCUAGCCAAAAAACUAUUGACAGAAGGUCUCUUAGAUGACGAUGACAAAAGCAAAAAAUCAGACACUGAUUCAAAAACUAAAGAUAAACCAGAUAAAGUUUAUAAAGAGGUAGAUGAAAGAACAGAAACAGUAAAAAAUAAAGAAGUGAAAGAAUCUAAAAAGGAAAUCAAUAAAGAUCUACCUAUAGAAAAUAAAGUAAAGCAUGACAAAAAAGAUUCAAAAGAUGACAAAGAUGUAGCUCCAAAAAAGCGUCUAAGUGAUACUAGCGAAGAGAGUGACACUCAAGUUAUAAUAAAUCCAGAAACGGAAAAGACUGAACCAGAAGUAGAGGAGAAGUUAGAAGUGCCGGUUGUUAGAAAGAGAAAGAAGAGUCCGAUAGUGUUUGAUGUGGAAAAGAAAGAGAAGAAGGAUAGAGCGAGGGAGCGGACUGAGAGCGCUGGGAGUGAUAAUCAUGUGACUGUAACAACAAUUACUAGUACGCAUAAAUAUGAUUCAGUUCCUUCAUUGUCAGCGGCAGAGCGCGCCGUGAUCCCGUGCCGAGCGUUCCCCGCGUGUCGCUAUGGCAGUUCCUGCGCGUUCCUGCACCCUCGCUGCAAGUUCGCAGCCGCUUGUACGCGCAGGGAUUGUGUGUAUACACACACACAGCCGCCUAAACUCGUGGCGUCCCACGUAGUCCCGGCCGCGACCUUCAAGACCAUCCAACCAUCAGCUUUACCCACCAUCUGCAAGUUUUACCCCAACUGCGUGAACCCCGCGUGCCACUUCGCGCACCCUAAACCCUGUCGCUACGGUAAAGGCUGUCUCAACAAAGCCGAGUGCAAUUUCUACCACGCCGACAAGUGGCGGUAUCCCGUGUAGCGUACAUGUAGACUAAUAUACAAUUAUUAUAAUUA